AUGGGCCGGACCACUAAGUGGUUUCGCUCACUUUGGAGCUCCAAAACCUCGCCGGAGUCCUCGGCGGCGGCGAAGGGCAAAAAGAAGAAGAAGAGCAAGUGGGCCCUCCCGAGCACCGGCGAUAAUCCCGGCAAGCUGACCAAUCGCCCCGAGGACCCAUUGGGGAGUCCGUACGUCGAGGGAAUCGAUGCCAACAAGCACGCGAUAGCCGUGGCGGCGGCGACCGCGGCGGUGGCCGAGGCUGCUCUGGCGGCAGCGCAUGCGGCGGCAGAGGUGGUCAGGCUGACCAGCGGUGGCCGGAGUGGGAGGGGCGAACCGGGAGACCGGCGGCUAGUGUCGGCCACUGUCAAGAUUCAGUCUGCUUUUCGAGCUUAUUUGGCAAGAAGGGCAUUGAGGGCCCUUAAGGGACUGGUUAAGCUUCAAGCCCUUGUAAGAGGCCACAUUGUCCGAAAACAAAGUGCGGAUAUGCUCAGGCGUAUGCAGGCCAUGGCCCGAAUUCAGGCCCGGGCCUCAGCACAUCGAUCUUACACAUCAGAAUUCCUCUAUGCACAAUCCCAUCAUCCUACAAAUCACUCGAGAUCACACAUUGCUGGCAUCACUACCAACAACGAGAGCACUCAAAUCGCCUCCCGAUGGCUAAGCCAUUGGAUGGAACAAUGCGCACGGGACCAAAACAACCCCCACAUUGCGCCCUCCCACGAUAAGAUCCUGGAAGUUGACACGUGGAAUCCCGGCCACAAGGGUAUCCAAAAUAACCAAAGUACCAACACCUCCCACUAUUUCUCUGCAUGGAAUGACACAUACAAACCGAACCCUAUCCCUUCCCCCGAGAACACAUCCUCGUCCAAUUGUGGGGACCACCCAAAGGCUUCUAGAAGCUUGUUCGGGGAUUACCCAAGCUACAUGGCCAACACUCAGUGUUCCCAGGCUAAGGUCAGGUCUCGUAGUGCGCCAAAGCAGAGGAUGCGACUAAGUUCAGAGUAUUCGGACACAGUCUCGGAAAGGGGUUCUUUCUCUGUGGCGGGGCCCAGGGGAAGUGGUUAUCGAUACUCGGGUCGAGUUAGGAGGCCUGGAACUCCUCUUCGGCCGUAG